AUGGCUAUGGAUGGUGGCAUGCGUCUCGCCACGGGAGAGAAUGUUUCUUCUUCAACCUUCGUCUACAUUUGCUACAGCCUUUGGCGCACCAAGUCUCCGACAACCGUCACUUGGCAGUACACUUACACCAUCACAGCUAGAACAGCAGCCACCGUCAGAGAUCGCUCCGUCUGGUAA